CGCCACCCCUCCCUCCUGUCACAUCUGGAUCUGGCUCCUCUCAUCAGCACCUCUCAGCGCAGUGGGAGAGAGUCGGAGUGAGGGAGGGAGGGAAACGACCGGAGAAGAGGAGAUUGACUCGGUCGGUACAUCCUCAUCUACAACCGAGCAGAAGAAGAGAGGAAGGGCAUUCACCUUUUCAUUCGCACACAAUAAUAUAUACCUCCCUCUCCUCCGUCCCUUCAUCUGCCAGUCCAGGUUCUCUUUUUCUUCUCUUUCUCCCACUUACCUCGGAUAUUAUGAGCUCCAGCUUGCUCGAAAACCCGGUGCAGGCAAUUCUGUACCUUCGGGAGCUGACCACGAUCGUGCAGAACCAGCAGAGUCUCAUCCAGACCCAGCGCGCAAGGAUAGAGGAGCUGGACAGGCGGGUGGACGAGCUCAUCGGCGAGAACAGGCACCUGCGGGACGUCAGGGUGCAACAGCAGAUCCCUUACCUUCACCAUCAUCCCCAUCAUACUCUGCCGGACCCCAGCUGCCUUCAUCAUCACCACCACCCGCAGGACCCCCAGCUCAAGACUACGCCGGGGUCUCUGGCAGAACAUGCGGCAACACCAGCGCAGGUCGAGGUGGCUCCGGGCGUCCAGCCCCCGCCUGCCCAGCCUAUGGACCCAGGGGACAUGCAAUUGGUCCCCGCGGACCCGUCUACGAUUUCCCCCGUUGAGAGCGAGUCAGAAAACGGUGGAAGUUGCCCCAGUUGCAGAUCUUUGGUCACGAUGACCCCGACAACUCUUUGUCGAUCCCUGACCCUGGCGAGGAAAUCCGAGAGUGAGACCGUGCUGCAUCAGUUUUGCUGCCCCGCCCCUGAACAUCCGGAGACCGAUCCCUCUGGUUCAUCUAGUGGACAGAUCCUGAGCCUGGAGGACGGGACGUCCUCCGGCGGAGGACCGGAGGUGAAGGGGAUCAAGAGGGAGGGACCCAGCGAGUAUGAGAUCAAUCUGGAGAACAAAAACAAACAGAUAGAGGAGCUGGAGCAGAAGUACGGCGGCCAUCUGAUCGCCAGGCGGGCGGCGCGCCGCAUCCAGACGGCCUUCCGCCAGUACCAGCUCAGCAAGAACUUCCAGAAGAUCCGCAACUCGCUGUCGGAGAGCAAGCUGCCGCGCCGGAUCUCGCUGCGCCAUCCCAGCCCCUCGUCCCGGACCAGGAACGCGGCCCAGAGGCACAGCUACAGUCUGCAUCCGGGAGGGGGACAGAUACCCUUGCGCUCGAAAACUCCCCCGCCGCCUCCGUGUCGCUCCACAUCUCUUCCCCCGUCGCCCGCGUCGGCCCCGGCUAACGCCCCCUCAUCAGCUCCGAGCCAGGCUCCGCCGCAGGCACCUGGACCCACACUCACCCAGCUGGAAGACUGCUUCUCUGAACAGCUUCACUCCUUGGCUCAGUCCAUCGACGAGGCCCUUCGUGGCUGGAGCUUGUCCGAGGGAGGAGAGGGGAAGGGGCUGCUGAUGGACCCCGGGGCCCUUCGCGCAGCAGCAGAAAGCGCCGGCCUGCCCCGCAGCGCCAGCUCCCUGCUCAUGGCUUUCAGGGACGUCACUGUUCACAUCGACAGCAAUAGCUCCUACACCAUCUCGUCGGCAACCACGACGACCACCACGUCUCUGGGAAAUGCAAGCGGAGGCGAGCCUGGCAGCAGGAAACCCUCCGUCAGCGGGACAGGCGGAGGAGGAGACGGGCAGUCCACGGAGGAACCGGAGUUUCCCGCGCCGCCUCCCAGCGAGGAGCUGGAAAUGGUCGAUCCGGGGUCCAGGAGGGGCUCGGCGGCGCCGGCUGCGGCGGGGGCUGGACUGGAGGGAGAGAACAGCUCAGACAGACUGGGAUCCUCCAAUUCCACCUCUACCUCCACUUCGGUCUCCGCCUCAGUCCAGUCAAACCAGCAGCCUGCUCAGAUUUACACACAGUACCAGCAAUAUCACUACACUCAUCCUCCACAGGUCCCCGGGGGCCCGUCCCCCGAGGCCCUGCAAGCCCUGGUCGUGUCCCUGCCAAGGGACCGCUGCCAGGAUCCCGCCUCCUGCCGCUCCCCGACCCUGUCCACCGACACCCAUCGCAAACGCCUCUACAGGAUCGGGCUCAACCUGUUCAACGUGAACCCAGAGAGAGGCAUCCACUUUCUGAUCACGCGUGGUUUCGUCCCGGACACGGCCAUAGGGGUGGCACACUUCCUGCUGCAGAGGAAGGGCCUCAGCCGACAGAUGAUUGGAGAGUUCCUGGGCAACAGCAAGCUGCAGUUCAACAGGGAUGUCCUGGACUGCGUAGUGGAUGAGAUGGAUUUCUCAGGGAUGGAGCUCGACGAAGCCCUGAGAAAGUUCCAGGCUCACGUUCGAGUUCAAGGGGAAGCACAGAAAGUGGAGAGGCUCAUCGAAGCCUUCAGUCAGAGGUACUGCAUGUGCAAUCCUGAUGUGGUGCAGCAGUUUCACAACCCAGACACCAUCUUCAUCCUGGCCUUCGCCGUGGUCCUCCUAAACACAGACAUGUACUCGCCCAACAUCAAGCCCCACCGCAAGAUGGGCCUUGACGACUUCAUACGCAACCUGAGAGGUGUGGAUGAUGGAGCAGACAUCCCCAGAGAGAUGGUGGCAGGCAUUUAUGAAAGAAUUCAGCAGAGAGAGCUGCGCUCUAACGAAGACCACGUCACCUACGUGAGUCGUGUGGAGCAGUCCAUCCUGGGCCUGAAAACGGUCCUCGCUGUGCCUCACAGACGGCUGGUGUGCUGCUGCCGUCUGUUUGAGGUUCCCGAUGCCAACAAACCUCACAAACAGAAGCUCUCUGCUCUCCAAAGGGAGGUGUUCCUCUUUAAUGACCUGCUGCUGAUUCUGAAGCUGUGUCCCAAGAAGAAAAGCUCCGCUUCAUACACUUUCUGUAAAGCUAUGGGUCUUCUGGGAAUGCAGUUUCACCUCUUCAGCAAUGAGUACUACGCUCACGGCGUUACCAUGAUGAGCCCCUUCACCUCAGAGAAGAAGCAGCUGGUUAGUUUCUGCUCUCCAAGCGGAGAGGAGCUCAGGAAGUUUGCGGAGGAGCUCAGAGAAGCCAUUGCAGAGGUUAACGAGAUGGAGCAGAUACACAUUCAGUGGGAACUGGAGAGGCAGCAAGGCAUCCAGUCACAUGGUUUACACACCAACGGAGGGCAAAUGGACACGCACACAGGACAUGGCUCUCCCUCAGGCCAACAGGAUGUAUACGAUAAAACUGGCAACAACAACACAGUAGAGGUGUCAAUUCACAACAGGCUGCAGACCUAUCAGCUGAGCCAGCCCAGCAUUGAGUCGGCGCCGCUGGCCCUGGCCGCGCCGCCCGCCCUGCUCAGCCCCGUCCCGGCCGGGGAGCUCCGCCCGGAGACCCUCAUCCAGUGCCAGCAGAUUGUCAAAGUAAUCGUCGUGGACCAGAGCGGACGAGGGAGGAUGGAGGCCUUUCUCAGCCAGGGCCCGGCCGCCCAUCAGCUAAUCCAGUCUGCCAUGUCAACGCCCGUGCGGGUCAGAGAGGGAGACGGACCCCAGCCGCCCCUGCCUCCCCCUCCUCCACCGUACAACCACCCCCACCAGUUCUGUCCGCCCGACUCGCCCAUGCCCUUCCACCACACCAUGCCUCUCACCCGCCGGCGCAACUCCAGCGGCUCCCGCAGCAUUGUUUGAAAAA